CGUCACAGGCAAGAGCCGCCAUUUUGACUGAGCAACCCUAGUGACAGGAGCCGAAGAAGCAGCGCAGGUUGUCCCGUUUCCCCUCCCCCUUCCCUUCUCCGGGUGACUUCCUGGGUCCCCUACACUCCACAGUCCCGGUCCCGCCAUGUCCCAGAAACAAGAGGAGGAGAACCCUGCGGAGGAGACUGGCGAGGAGAAACAGGACACACAGGAGAAAGAAGGUAUGCUCCCUGAGAGAGCCGAGGAGGCAAAGCUAAAGGCCAAAUAUCCAAGCCUAGGACAAAAGCCUGGAGGCUCCGACUUCCUCAUGAAGAGACUCCAGAAAGGGCAAAAGUACUUUGACUCAGGAGACUACAACAUGGCCAAAGCCAAGAUGAAGAAUAAGCAGCUGCCAAGUGCAGGACCAGACAAGAACCUGGUGACUGGUGACCACAUCCCCACCCCACAGGAUCUGCCCCAGAGAAAGUCCUCACUCGUCACCAGCAAGCUUGCGGGUGGCCAAGUUGAAUGAUGCUGCCCGGGGCUCCUCCAGAUCCUGAGACGCUGCCCCCCUGGGUCCUGUGCUGGCUCCUGCCCCUCCCUGCUUUUGCAGCCAGGGGUCAGGAGGUGGCUCGGGCGCGGGCUGGAGAGGCAGAAGCCCCUGCCCGUCGGUGUCCCAGCGCAUGGAGCCCCUUGGGCUGAGCACCAAGACCUUGAACCUUUUUUGUUUUUCCUUUUUUUCCAAAUAAUUGUUGGGAGACAUCUCAGUGAAAUCCUGGGGGUGGGGUGGGGGGUUGGGAGGGUGGGGUGGGAGAUUUGGGGGAAUAUGAAUUAGGGCUUGGAGUUGAUAAAAACAUUCUUGACUAUCCUCCUUAACCAUGUGGCUGGUGUGGGGUGGGUGUGAGGAGGAGGAAGUAAAAUGGACAAAAGCUGAGAGGCUCUAACUCAGCUCUGUAGAAGAAUGCCUUGUUUGCUUGGAUGUGGCUGGGGACCUGGUGUCAGAUAAAAGAAACUGACCGUCUAGAUAUGAAAGAUGCAGACAGCUCCUCUGGUUCUGCAGAGCAAGCUGAGAACUCAGUUAUUCAUAAAAAAAAAAAAAAAAGCGCUGUCCUUGAAAUAGAUUUGCUGCGGGAAGAAGGGCAGUGAGUGUGGGAGAAGGGGGCCAUGAGCGUGGGGAGCCCCACAGAGCCCAGGGGACUUUUUCAGUUUGAAAUAAAAGACAAAAGAAGACCGGCAAAAAAAACCCAACCCAGAAA